AUGGAGGCCAUCGUGCGCCCUGUUACGUGGGAAGAGUGGCCGGAGGCAGCGCGGCAGGUGUUCCAAGGAUUCUGCUCGGACGCAGGCGAGACGAUGGUACUGGAGCGUAACAUCUUCGUCGAGCGGGUUCUGCCGGGCAGCACCAUCAGGGGUGUCAGUGACGAGGCGAUGGAGGUCUACCGGCGGCGCUACGCCGAGCCUGGGGAAGUACGAGUCGGUCCAACGAUAUCGGGGAACGCGAGAGGAUUACCAUCGACGGUGGAAAGAACGGCCGACGUGGUGGCAAUUGUGGCCGACUAUGCAGAAUGGCUGUCGCAGACCCAAACGCCCAAGCUAUUCGUCAACGCGGAGCCGGGAGCCAUCCUCACCGGGCCUCAACGCGAGUUCUGCCGCAGCUUCCCCAACCAGCGUGAGGUGACCGUCCCUGGCGUCCACUUCAUCCAGGAGGACUCGCCGAACACAAAUCGCGAGGGAGAUAUUCGCGGAGUGGUACGCGGGGUUGUGAUUUGCUGA